AUGCGUCAACCCCGAGCGUCUUUCGUCCUCUUCCUAGCGACCACCAUUCAUGGUAUUGGUGCAGCUUGUACCGUCGAUGUCUGCAGCAAGGCCUACAUUCAGUCAGCUCUCCCAGCCAAUGGCUUCAUUGAUGGCGUCACGCUGUCGCCGGACUCAGUCACUGCCAACUCCGUCAAGAAUUACAGCGUUGCAGCAUCCUCGGAGACUCCGGCCGCGCAAGGACUGGACUUUUGCAAUGUGACGUUCUCUUACGGCCAUGCAGGAUUGGGCGAUACUAAUCGGUAUCUCUCGACUGGCGGCGGCGGUCUUGCCAUCACAUCCGGCCAGCGCGGUCUCACUGCCGGCCUCCCGUACGGAGCUGUGACAGGCACCACAGAUGGUGGCUUUGGAGGUUGGAGCGCAGAGCUCAGCGACGUGCUUCUUCUCGCCAAUGGAACCUUGAACUAUGACAUGCUCUUCAAUUUCGGCUACAAGGCCAUCCACGAGAUGAGCGUGCUGGGCAAAGAGUUCACGCGCAAGUACUACAACACGUCCGACUUCUACUCCUACUACGAGGGCUGCUCCGAGGGCGGUCGCGAGGGAUGGAGCCAGGUGCAGAGAUACGGCACACAGUUCGACGGUGCGGCAAUUGGGGCGCCCGCCUUUCGACAGGCAUUCCAGCAAGUAAUCCACCUGUUUGAAGGAUUGGUCGAGCUUACCAACGGGUAUGCCCCGCCGCCGUGCGAGCUAGACCAGAUCAACAACGAUACGAUUGCGGCUUGUGAUGGGCUAGAUGGGCGCAUUGAUGGGGUCGUUAGCCGGACGGAUCUCUGCAAGCUUCAUUAUAACGCCAAUGCCAGUAUUGGAAAUAGUUAUAGUUGCGCUGGGACGGGUGGUGGAGGCUUUGGGAAGCGGCAAAUGGGCGGCAGUCCAUCACCUGCUGUCAGUGGAACAGUCACAGCCGAGGCUGCGAAGAUUGCGAAUGAAAUAUGGAAGGGCCUGUUUGAUUCCAAGGGUCGCCAAGUAUACGUCUCAUUCCAGCCAUCCGCCACCUUCGCCGACGGUGCCACGACAUAUAAUGCGGCGACUGGCGAGUAUGAGGUUGUGGCGAGCGGGAUCGGUGUCCAAUACGUGAACCUGUUCUUGAAGGAGAUCAACUCGAGCUCGCUGUCUUUGACAAAUGUCACCUACGAUACUCUCCGGGCCUGGAUACUGGAGGGAAUGCAGAAGUUUGCGGAUACUUUGCAGACGACCUGGCCUGAUCUCGAGGACUUCCAUAACGCUGGAGGCAAGGUAAUUCACUACCACGGUGAAUCGGACAAUAGCAUUCCUGCAGAUUCGUCCGUCAUCUACCACAAUUCUGUCCGGCAAAUCAUGUACCCAAAACUCGGGUUCAAUGAGAGCUUCGAUAGUCUGCACGAGUGGUACCGGUUGUUCCUUGUGCCAGGAGCAGGACACUGCGGUCCGAGCACGCAGCAGCCGAAUGGGCCUUUCCCUCGAGGGAUUCUGGGGAGUCUUAUUGACUGGGUGGAGAAUGGAGUGAAUCCAGAGAAGCUCAAUGCAACGGUCAUUGCAGGUAAUACGACGGAUGUCGACCAGAAGCUUUGUAGCUUCCCACUACGACCGUACUGGAGUGAUGACGAGACAAUGGAGUGUGUCUACGAUCAGGAGUCAAUUGACUCUUGGCUACCAACACUAGAUUCUAUUCCUCUCCCGGUAUAUUAG